AUUUUUCCCACUGUCGAAGGCUGUGAACGCACCGCGUGUGCUACGUCAUUUCCUGUAGGACGGCGAAGAUGGCGGCGACCUUGUGUGCAAAACUGUUACCAAAACAGGGAUGGCUGCCUCUCUCAGUCAGUGUUCGGCAUGGCUCCAAGGCGGUGACCCGCCACAGAAGACCUCAACAUAUUCUCAAAAAGAAGCUUCUGGCUGUCACGGAGUACAUUCCCCCCACGAGGGAUGCUCCUCCCGGCGCCUACCCGCAUCAGAUCAAACGGGGGCAGGAGGAGUGUACCGGCUUGAUGUUGCUCAUUAAGGAGGAUUUGAAGAAGGUCUUCCAAGAUUAUAAAAUGAUCGCUGUGGUCCAGAACAACAACAGCAACACAGACGACAUGUUGACUCUCAGGCACAGGCUCCACAAACAUGGCAUCAGUGUCAAGUUCUUCCCCAACCAGGUGAUGCAUUUGUUCCUGGGCGACUCUAUUUACGGCAGCAUGGCUCCUUUGUUCAUCGGCCCAACUGUUCUGUUUGUCAGUAAGACGCCAAAGCUGCGGGAGAUGCUCUCGACCCUGAGGGUCAGCCCACAGAUGACUCUGUUAGGAGCCUGCAUAGAUAACACACUGCUGAGUGUCCAGGGCGUCCUACACUACUCCAAACUGCCUUCGAUGACGGUCGUACAGGGCGAGCUGGUCAGCGGUCUGACGAUGCUGACCUCACACACUGUGUCUGUGUUGCAGCGCCACCCAGGCCAGCUGUCCGCCCUGCUCCAGCAGUACAUCAAACAGCAGAGCUCGGAGACCACUUCAGAAGCUAAAACCGAGUCAGCUACGUAGACCUUCGUGGAAAUAUAGACUGAAUACAGCUGAGGACAAGGAGGUUCAGAUGAACUUGUUGCACACUUGGAGCAUGAGUGAUUUGGUACCAGAGGGACUGUUAAGGUGGAAAAACACUGGAGUAAAGCUAUGAAGAUGCUCCUGAAUCAUACACUCUGUCUGAACCCUGUAUUGCUGUCGCAGCAUCCUGACGGUAUUAUCGAUGAAGCAGUUCAACAAAAAUAAGUGAGAUUCUUUUUUCCCCCCAAAAAAUAAAUAAGCCUCUUUUAAUAAACUGACAUCUUGUGCAAACUCUUA